AUGGCCGCAGCCAGCGACAAGGCUCGCUUUUUUCUCGAGCAGUCCGUGCCGGAAUUGAAAGAGUAUGAGCGCAAGAAGAUCUUUAGUCGAGACGAAAUCACCAGCAUCGCCCGCAAACGAUCCGACUUCGAGCACAAGAUCAACGCCAGAGGAUCUACGCCUUCAGACUACGCUCGGUAUGCAGAAUUUGAAAUGAACGUCGAUGCCUUGAGGCGCAAGAGGGUCAAGAGAAUGGGCAUCAAGGCAACAACCCACAACGGCAAGCGACGCAUUUUCUUUAUCUUCGACCGAGGGACGCGGAAACAUCCAGGGGAUGUUGGUCUGUGGCUUCAGGCCAUAGACUUCGCGAAGAGGCAAAAAGCGCAUAAAAAACUGCAGGAGAUAUUCACAAGUGUGCUCCGACUACACCCCACGAAACCGGACUUGUGGAUCUAUGCCGCGCAGUAUGCGAUAGAGGAGAAUGGAGACAUGACAGAAGCAAGAAGCUACAUGCAACGCGGUCUCAGGUUCUGCAAAAGGACACCGACAAUCUGGCUGGAGUAUGCGAGACUAGAACUCUCUUACAUCGCUAAGAUCCAUGCUCGUCGUGAGAUCUUGGGAAUCGCAGACAUCAAAUCAGGAGGAGCUGGAGAGGCAUCCCAAGAAGACGAAAACAUCAUGCAGCUGCCGAAGCUGACAGCUAUGGAUGUGAAUCCUGACGUCGAAGGGCAUGAAGCUGACCGCUCAGCAUUGGACCAUUUGGAUUCAAUACCAGCUUUGAGUGGUGCCAUUCCCAUUGCAGUCUUCGAUGCAGCAAUGGAUCAUUUUAAAGACCCUGCAGUCGGGUACGACUUUUUCAACAUGGUCCUCGAGUUUGACGAGCUCCCUCCUUGCCGCAAAAUAGCAGACCACAUCGCAACGAGAUUGGCUCAAGAAUAUCCGGAGAGUUGGUGCAGUCAAGUAUGCCUCAUUCAGCUCCCACUGGUUUCGAUAUCUCCUUCCACACCAGAAUUCCCCUCUGCACUGCGACAGGCAUUGGCACGACUAAAACAGGCGCGUUCAAAAACAACGGGCACUGAGAUUACAGCCUGGGCAGCCACUUGGCUACAGAAGCUCAUCGAUACGCCUGACCUUGAUCCGGCGAUCAAGACGAUUGGGAGCUCUGUGUUAAGGUCGUUAAGCACCCGGGAGGUGACCGGCACAACAUGA